AUGUCGCGUGGGUCAUCCUCUACGGCAGCAGAUGGAGAUGAGGCAAAACAACAGCAAUCACGUCGAGUUCGCUCACCAGGAGGAACAGCUCAGCGGAGCCACUAUGAUGGACCUGCAAACGGGCACACGAACGGAGACACAGAAGGACACGCGGACGGCCAUGCGGACUCCAAAGAAGAACUGAAAGAAUGGCAAUGCUAUGAAAAACUUGGAUAUUCCUUCCCUUGGUGGAAGAAAUGGGGAAUCAUCUCUGUUAUUUUCGCCGUACAAACCUCGAUGAACUUCAAUGCCGGUUUCUACGCUAGCAGUAUUGGGCUUUAUGCCAAGCAUUUCGGUAUCUCAAAGCAAGCUGCUCGAGUCGGCCAAAUGGAUUUUCUCAUUGCAUAUGCACUUGGCUGUGAAUUCUGGGCUCCAUUCAGUGAGGAGUUUGGUCGAUGGCCUAUACUGCAAAUUAGUUUGUUAUUGGUCAAUAUUUGGCAAAUACCGUGUGCUCUAGCUCCGAACUUUGGGACUAUUGUCGUUUGUCGUGCGCUGGGUGGUCUUUCAUCUGCUGGUGGCUCAGUGACACUCGGUAUGGUUGCUGAUAUGUGGGAAGCUGAAGAUCAAGAAUGGGCUGUUGCUUAUGUUGUCUUGUCUUCUGUGGCGGGCUCUGUCAUUGCUCCUGUUGUCGGUGGCUUUGUUGCUCACUUUUUGGACUGGCAUUGGAACUUCUGGAUACAGCUCAUACUUGGUGGAUUUGUUCAGAUUCUUCAUAUGUUUGUUCCCGAAACAAGAUGCAGCGUUCUCAUUACGAGGGAGGCGAAGAGAAGACGCAAAAAUGGGGACAUGGUGUGGAGUGGUGAUGAGCUGAAGGAGUCACGCAUGUCUGUUAGGUAUAUACUCAUGAUCUGGGCUCGACCCUUUAUCAUGUUCAUUCGAGAGCCUAUUGUUCUGUGUCUGUCGCUUUUCAGUGGAUUCAGUGACGCCUUGAUCUUCGUAUUCUUGCAAUCUUAUACUCCGGUAUACAAGCAAUGGGGGUUUACUACGAUCACAACCGGGUUGGCCUUUCUUCCCCUUCUUAUCGGUUACUUUAUUGCUUAUUUCUCUUACCUUCCAUGGAUCAGUUAUCAUAAUUCCAUUCGGAAGCGUGAUCCUGAUGGUCUACAGCCGGAAGCCCGUCUCUACUGGCUAUUAUUUGUGGCGCCUCUUCUAACAAUUGGGCUGUUUGGCUUUGCUUGGACUAGUCUAGGGCCGCCCCAUGUUCAUUGGAUUGCACCCAUGAUAUUCUCGAGUCUUAUUGCAAUAGCAAAUUAUUCCAUCUACAUGGCAACAGUAGACUACAUGAUCGCAUCAUAUGGACCGUACGCCGCAUCAGCGACCGGAGGAAAUGGAUUUGCUCGCGACUUCCUUGCAGGAGUAGCAGCAAUGUAUUCAAUGCCAAUGUAUACGCAUAUGGGAACGACUCACCAUCUUGAAUGGCCUUCGACUUUCCUUGGAUUCAUGGCCAUCAUAUUCACGAUACCGAUUUACGUCUUCUAUUGGUAUGGACCGCGGAUUCGUGAGAAGUGUCCAUUUGCACAGACUUUGGCUGCGGACAGAAAGAAAGCUGGUCGGAGAAUCUCGCAAUGUGGCUCUGGGGAUUCGGAUCCUGUGCAAAGAUACUUCACUAGUGAUGAUGGUUAUGGGGGCACACGUAACGUGGAUACCUCUGUCUAA